UUGGAAAGAAUUGCUAACGUAAAUAAGCAUAAAAUAUUCAGCUGCACGGAAUGAUAUAUGUAUGUCUCCUUAAUAAGUUUAGUGAAACUUUUGCAUACGACGGUGCGUGUGCUAAGUGAAAUGAAUUUUUCACAUAAUAUGUGCAGGUGUGUGUGAAGUUAUACAACUUACAACUAAGUUAGUGGACCUUAGUGCAGCUUUUCUGGGUGAAUUAAUUGUGCUUUAAGUAAUUGGGAUAGAUGAAAAAUAUAAUGGUUACUUAUCUUCAGGCUUUUAUUAUUGAUUUUGAAUAGUAGAAGGAAACCGUAAUGGCAUUAGCAAACAAUUCAUCAGAGGUGGUUCCUGACAACAUUACAAGCAAUGUGUUAGUCCAAGUCGUGUUCUAUAUUUUGUACAGCAUAAUUUUCAUGUUAGGUCUCUCUGGCAAUUUACUUGUUUGUUAUAUAGUUUAUUACAAUAAGUCUAUGCAAACAGUAACGAAUCUCUUCAUUACAAAUCUUGCAUUGUCAGAUAUUCUGUUAUGUUUGUUAGCUGUGCCCUUUACCCCACUUUACACAUUCAUAGGUCGAUGGAUUUUUGGAGAAGUCAUCUGUCAUUUAGUUCCGUAUGCGCAAGCGACUAGUGUAUAUGUUUCCACGUUAACGUUAGCAGCCAUCGCGAUCGACCGAUAUUUCGUUAUUUUGCACCCUUUGAGACAACGAAUGAAAAUAACAACGUGUUUGUGUGUUCUUUUCGGCAUUUGGACAUUCUCUUUAUUAAUAACGCUACCCUACGGUAUAUGGAUGCAAAUGAAAGUGCAUGUAGAUCGGGAUGUAUGCGAGGAAACUUGGCCAAUUGAAAAUUUAGAGAAAGCUUUUGGCACCUUUACGCUUGUAAUGCAAUUCGUUGUUCCCUUCUGCAUAAUUGCCUUCUGCUAUCUGCGAAUAUCUCAAAGACUGAAUCAAAGAGCGAAGACCAAACCGGGUAGCAAAACUGCAAGAAAAGAAGAAAUCGAAAGAGAAAGGAAACGAAGAACUAAUAGAAUGCUCAUCGCCAUGGUAGCGAUAUUUGGAUUCUGUUGGUUCCCACUGAAUCUCAUUAACGUCAUUAACGAUUUUUAUGCAUACGGUCCAUACUUUCAUCUGAUGUUCUUUCUUGCCCACGCGAUCGCAAUGUCCUCAACGUGCUACAAUCCAUUUUUGUAUGCUUGGCUGAACGAAAACUUCCGGAAAGAGUUCAAACAGUUUUUACCCUGUAUGUUCACUGGUAGUUUAAAUAGGUUUCGCAACGGUGACGAACACACACUAGACACACUUUUACAUCCCAGUGCGGCAAACAAUUCGCCGGCAAUCCACUUAGAACCUAGAGAACCGACUGCCGAACGAAUCACUUCAAAAAUAGAAGAUUGCAAGUUAUAGAUUAGGACUAUUUGUGCGGUAAGAAUCCAAGGAAUUAUACUUCUUCAGUUGCUUUUCUCGCUUGGCGCUUGGUGAAGGAUUUUUGCGGUAAAACGGGUGUGACAAGUGCCACUGCUAACACUUUUUCUUUUUGUAUUACUGUUUUAUCAUUACAAAUGUUUAUUGUGUUGGCUAUUACCAUCGGAGAGCUUUCGUGUUCUUUAAUUAACUUCAAUACUACAAAGUAAAUUUUCACACAAACGUCUGUUACAUACAGUGCAAAUACGAAAAUAGAAUACUGUUGCGAUAAUUUAUACGGUAGGUAACUACAAAGGGCGU